UCCCAUCUGUCAUACAUUUUGUCAUUGGGCAGGACAUCAAUUCAUGUUACUAACUUAAUUCUAUGCAAAGUCAUCAGCAAAGCUGUCCCCUGACACCAGAAGGUAUGGGGUCGGGAGAGAGUACGACCAGAAAGGUGUCCUUUGGUGUUGACGAUGAGGACAGAGUCAGGAUUCUUCGUGGAGUCAAGCUGUCAGAAGAUGUUCUUCAGAGGAUGAGAGGAGUGGCCAACAUUGCUCCAGAACGCACGUCCUCGCCAACCUCAAGCCCUGAGAAAGACACAGGUGCUCCUCGCAGCGCCAGCCCAGGCUCUCGACCCCAGCAGGGCCCUCAGCACCAGGCCCAGCCCGGUACCCGGUCCAGCACUAGCAAACCAGCCGCCUAUGCUAAGGAAGAACAGAAAAGGUAUGAGCGCCAGCAGACAGUACUGAAGGAGGAAUGGGUCAAAGUGGCACAAAGAGAGAGGGAGGCGGCAAGGGAGGAGAUGACUAAAGCCAUGACCCGGGAAAGACAACAAAAACGCCUGGAAGAUGAGAACGCCAAACAACUGUCUGCAGAUGAGAUACCUGUGAUGGCUCAGCAGCUACAGAAGAAAGAUGUACAGCUGAAAGCAUUGGAUGCCUUCUACAAGGAGCAGCUGGCACAGCUGGAGAAGAGGAAUUUGGAGAGAUACGAACAGAGCAAGGACGAAUUCCACCAAGCUGCCUCCAAGACAGAAGCAAGCGUGAGGUCUCGCAAUACCGACCCGGUGUGUCUUGGCCUGCAGGCUCAGAUCUUAUCUUGCUACAGGGACAACAGAGACCAGACCCUCAGGUGUUCAGACCUGGCCAAAGAAUACAUGCGGUGCAUCAACGCUGCAAAGAAGGUGAGAGCUUCUUUCAAAUCGAUAGGAUUUUGGAAUAUAAGGGUCAACACAUCAACUGUGUCAAUCCUAGAUCAUACCUUAAUUAUGAGGAUCGCUUUCUAAAGCCAUAUCAAUAGCAACUUUCAAACCAAAAAGAAUAAAUACAUGGUUAUUAUAAUAAUGCUAAUAAUAUUUUAUUAAAUUGUACUUCACAUGGCCCUUCAAAGAAGCAGGGGGGACAUAACAAUCCAGUCUGAGUAGUGUCUUUUGAAGUUUUCCACGGAGAGAGAUGAUAUUUUCAGAGCAGCACACUGUCUGAUGUAAAAGAAAGAAACUCAAUUUUUCUCAAGUUCUCACGAUUAUUCAGGCGGGAGGGGGGGGGGGGGGGGGGGGGUUUAAAGACCCCCCAAAAAAAUCUGAUUGAUCAGAGUUUGAGUGCUGUCACUUUAGGUUUUAACACAGAGAAAAAUCUUGUCAUUUGAAACGGCUUUCAGAGUGAGCGUCUGAUGUAAAAGUAUGAAAUCCAAGUUCUUCGACGCUACCAAACUUGUUUUCCUACUUAUGCUGAAAAUGACACCGUUUCAAAGGCAAACACAGUUCGGCUUGCUGUGACAUAAGUCCUCAGUAGCAGUUCAGCUCGUCACCGCAGCCUCCACCCUUUCAGUUCUAAUUUUAGGUAGUUUACAGACACAUAAUCAUUUAAAGUAAGUGAGAAAGUAGAAAACAAAAAAGGCAGGUUGUCAUCGGGAAAACACAAGCAGUAAAACUCGACAUUUUCCCUGACAACAUUAAUUUAGUAUUUUCAGAAUACGAAGAAACUUCAACACUGCCGGAAUUGAAGCAAAAUAUGAAUUCCUGAAAGCGGUUCACCUAAUGUCAAGUAAACCAGACGGGGUCGUCCAGUCAGACGCAGCGAUGAUGUCUGCAGUCUCAUCAUUAGAAUUCUAGCAGAGUUUAACAGAAACCUUGCACUGUAGACUGUAGCUGUGUUUGAAUAACCCCAAGGCUUCUUUUUAUGUUCAUGUGUGUUAGACUUUUGCAUUUUUUAAGUUCGAAAACUCAA